AUGGGAGUCACGCUGGGCAUGUCAGGCGGGCAGCCGGUUGCCGCGGGCGACCUGCAGAUCAGUGAUGUGGCGGUGAUGCCUCUAAUGAAGCUGACACAGCACAGCCUCUCUCUCUGCCUCCCGGUCCCCUGGGGGUCUCUCUCCUGCCCCACCCCCCGCCUGCCGCAGCCCUGUCAGACAUGCGCCCCAUUCACCGGCAAUUCCAACGCACCACGCAACGUUUAUGAUUAUUAUUCAGAUGUGGAGGCAGCGGAAAGAGCCGCCCAGAGCCGUGCAGAGCAGAGGGCAGAUCCCAGUCCAGACGGUCCCGGAGCCCGACCAUGA